AUGGCUGUGAUCAAGGGUGAGGAGCUGCGCGAGAAGGGCUACGGCGGUAUCUACGCUGUGGGCAAGUGUGCGCAGUACCCGCCGCACCUGGUGACGCUGCGCUACAGGAACCCGAACGCCACUGUGGGCGCCAAGAAUGUUGCGAUGACUGGCAAGGGUAUCGUGUACGACUGCGGCGGCCUUGCGCUGAAGCCGGCCGCGCACAUGACGAACAUGAAGACGGACAUGGGCGGCUCCGCCGGCGUGUUCUGCGCCUUCAUCGCGGUGGUGCGCAGCAUGAAGAUGCAGAAGGAUCACUUCAGCCACAUCGCCAACAUCAGCGUGACGCUGUGCUUGGCGGAGAACGCGAUCGGCCCCAACUCGUACCGAAACGACGACGUCGUGGUGAUGAAGUCGGGCAAGUCGGUGGAGGUGAUGAACACGGAUGCCGAGGGCCGCAUCGUGCUUGGCGACGGCGUGUUCUACGCGACGGGGGAGCAGUGCUUCAUCCCGGAUGUGGUGAUCGACAUGGCGACGCUGACGGGUGCGCAGGGUGUGGCGACGGGGUCGAGGCACGCCGGCAUUUACGUCAGCGAUGCCGAGGUAGAGAAGAACAUGGUCACUGCGGGCCUGCAGUCCGGCGACCUGUGCUACCCAGUGCUGUACUGCCCCGAGUACCACGAGGAGGUGUACAAAAGCCCCUGCGCCGAUAUGCGCAACAUUGCGAACUCGCCAUCCAGCGCCGGCUCGAGCUGCGGCGGGUACUUUGUCGAGCAGCAACUGAGCGAGCGCUUCAAGGGCCCCUUCGUCCACGUUGAUAUGGCCUACCCCAAACGCAAAUGA